GACACCCGGUUGUUAGUCUUCAUCCCUAUUCCUCGUAUUAUUAGCUGUCUCGACUUGGGAGCUUCCUUGCAUUCUUCGCCGAGGGUUCAGUUUACACUUCUGCCACUCAUUCACGAUUGUUAGUGGUUGCCUCUGACGUUGAGCUGCAUCCCCCACAUUACUUCAACGUCGCCCCAAUUGGACCCUGUGGCAUCAUCAGGCAGAAGAGCGCAAGCAUACCGCCCGCAGCUUUCGCAGUUCAACACCACACCUUUCCCCACACACAACCACAAUGCGCUUCUCAUCAGGCAUUCUUCUCGCUCUCCCGGCGCUUGCUGUCGCCGAGGAGCAGGUCCCUCUCCUUGACAAGGUGAAGGGCUUCUUCAAUAAGGCGACUGCUGCCGUCUCCGCAUCCAUCCCCUCCAUGCCAUCGGCGCCCGUUGACACAGCAACAAGCAAGGCAGCAUCCAAUGCCGCCGCAGCAAUCCAGUACCCGAUCACCCUAGAGAACUGGAAGGAGGUCCUGACGGUUGAUCCUACUGCCAGCCCUCCUACCACCCAGGAUUGGCUUAUCUUCACCACUGGUGGCAACACCACUUGCUUCGGUCUGUGUGGAAACGCAACCAAGGCAUGGAACGCUUCUCUCCCCAUCAUGGCCGCAAAGACCAAUGCGCCCAAGUUCGCGUACCUUGACUGCGAAGCCGAGCCCAUUCUCUGCAACGCAUGGUCCGUUGGCGCACCAGCGCUCUACUACUUCCAGGUUCCUAAGCCCAUGGCCGACCAGUCUGCGCCCGUUCCUACCGUUCGCUACCAGCCUUUGAACCGCACAAGCACCACCACCGAGACCUUCAAGAAGCUGAUCGUCGACAACGACAUUGAGAAGGUCACCCCUUACGAGGGCCCCUUCCACCCCUUCAACGGUGCGCUCCAGCAGUACAACCUUGCCAUUCCGUACGGAUACGUUACCUGGGGAUUCUCUAAGAUGCCCUCAUGGAUGCCUAUGAUCAUCAUCUCUUUCCUCAGCAGGUCUUUCAUGAGCAAGCGUAUGGCGGGACCAACUCCCGCGGAGGCACGCGCCGCGAACGCACAACCCGCUCGGUAGAUUAGCAUACUGCGGCCUCGUGCUGACUAGAACAUUUAAGAGGAAGAAGGGGAGUGUCGUCCACGAUUCUGU